AAAUGACAUCUUCACUGAUUACGUUAAAGUUUUCCCGAGUUUUUAUUUAGAUUAUAUAUUUCUUUUAUUUACAGUGUGAUAGUUUUUUUAAAAGUAAGCUCGGUUAAGCCACUUUGUGUAAAGUGUAUUUUUGUAUUUUUAGAAGUCAUUAUGUGAUGGUAGGUGAUACAAUUUCUACUUUUCUACACGGAAAGAAAAUACUAAACGUAAAGGUGGUACUUAGAGAAUAAAAUAUCAUAUUUGAUGCUACUGCAAUGAAAACAAACACAUCGAACCCAUCGCUAAUAGCCGAAGGCAAUAGUGAAACAACUGCUGAUACUGCCCAGCUGAUAAGCAAUGAUGAUGCAAGCACUUCUAAUUAUGGUCAACUAAACAACCAUGCAAACUUUCAUGAUUUUGAUGAUGAUGAUUUACAUGGCAGCCAUGGGGUCAGACGAAGACAACCUUUGCAAAAAAUUGAACCUGGUUCUAUGAAUGUCCUUUCUGCAAAAUAUGAAAGUUUAGAUUAUGAUACAUGUGAAAACCAUUUAUUGCUUGAUGAAGAGCGUAAGAGAGGAUACCCUUUUGUAGUAUGGAAGGAUAUAGCCAGAUGGUUUAUAAUCCUGCUAAUUGGUGUUAUUACAGCACUAAUUGCAUUCAUUAUAGACAUAUGUAUAGAACAAUUUUCUAAUAUAAAAUAUAAAGAGUUGAAAAAAUCUGUUGAUAAAUAUGUCCUAAUGGACAAAUUGUAUAUUCCAUAUUUAUUAUGGGUGUUAUCAAACAUUUGCAUUGUAUUAAUUGGAUCAGUUCUAGUGGCUUUUGUCGAGCCAGUAGCAGCAGGCAGUGGCAUACCGCAAGUAAAAUGCUAUCUGAAUGGGGUGAAGGUUCCGCGCGUGGUCCGCAUCAAGACCCUGCUAGUAAAAGCGGUUGGGGUAAUCACCGCAGUGGUCGGAGGACUCGCGGGAGGCAAGGAAGGUCCGAUGAUCCACAGCGGUGCUGUUGUGGCCGCUGGCAUAUCGCAGGGCAAGAGCACUACUUUCAACAAAGACUUCAAAAUAUUCCAGUACUUCCGUGAAGACCAUGAGAAGAGAGACUUUGUCUCUGCCGGAGCAGCUGCUGGUGUGUCUGCGGCUUUCGGUGCUCCCAUAGGUGGAGUGCUGUUUUCGUUAGAGGAAGGUACAAGUUUUUGGAAUCAGGCAUUGACAUGGCGAACAUUUUUCGGUACCGUUGUGUCCACGUUUACGUUAAAUGUUGUUCUGUCUGCCUAUCAUGGCCACCCUGGAGAACUGAGCUACCCCGGUCUAUUGAACUUGGGAAAGAUGGAACCAUUUCCAUUUCAGUUCUAUGAGCUGCCUGUUUUUAUACUAUUUGGCGCGAUUGGCGGCUUACUGGGCGCCUUGUGGAACUAUAUCAAUUACAGGCUUGCUGUAUUUCGUAUAAGGUACAUCACGGCGCCGUAUUUACGAGUGAUAGAGGCGUGCUUGGUGGCUGCAGCGAGCGCAACCUGCGGCUUCUUGAUGAUGUUCUUACUGAACGACUGCAGGCCUCUCGGCGAGGACCCUACCAAAGUUCCUCUGCAGCUGUAUUGCGCGGACGGUGAAUACAACUCGAUGGCCGCGAUCUGGUUCCAAACGCCCGAGGCAUCGGUGCGGUCGUUCUUACACGACCCCAUAGGAUCCUAUCAGCCUUGGUCGAUGCUUCUGUUCGUGGCGUGCUACUUCCUUCUGUCCACGUGGACGUUCGGCCUGGCUGUUUCCAGCGGUUUAUUCAUACCCAAUCUGCUGACUGGUGCGGCGUGGGGAAGGCUUCUAGCGAUUGCCAUGCAAGACAUGAUACCUUAUUGCACUAUCAACCCAGCGAAGUACGCGCUGAUAGGUGCAGCUGCCCAACUAGGCGGAGUGGUCCGCAUGACUAUAUCUUUAACCGUCAUCAUCAUAGAGACCACGGGGCAAAUCUCCAACGCGCUGCCCAUCAUCAUCACGCUCGUGGUCGCCAAGUGGACUGGCGACUUCUUCAAUGAGGGCAUCUACGACAUUCACAUCCAACUGGCAGCCGUCCCGCUGCUCCCAUGGGAGCCCCCGCCGCUGACGCACAAUAUAUACGCGUCUGAAGUGAUGUCGCAUCCUGUAUUCACGUUGCGCACCGUUGAAAACGUCGGACAUAUUGUGGAACUGCUCAAAGUGGUCUCCUACAACGGAUUUCCGGUGGUCGACCCACCGUUGGCGGAUGAAACCGAAGUUACAACAUAUAAGCGACUCAGGGGACUAAUACUACGCAGUCAGCUGAUAGUUUUACUACAGAACAAGCUGUAUAACGAGAACGCUAACACCGCGUGGUCCAACUUCAAUGUCAACAUGAAUAUGUUUAGAAAGGAAUACCCACGAUAUACAUCAAUCGACAAGUUGGAGAUAUCAGAAUGGGAAAAGACUUGCACCAUCGACUUGAGGCCGUACAUGAAUCCGUCGCCAUAUACACUGCCACAUCGGGCGUCACUGCCGCGCCUAUUCAGGUUGUUCCGAGCACUGGGGUUACGUCACUUGCCCAUUGUCAACGAUGUUAAUGAGGUGGUUGGCAUGGUGACCCGCAAGGAUAUUGCCAGAUACCGUGUAUGGCGGCAUCGAGGCCACAUGGGUAUGGAGGAGUUGUUGCUUUCUAGUGAAAUCUAAUCUAUGAUUAUUGCCAUGAUAUUGAAAUGAGUCUGAAUAAUCUUUAGAAGUGGUAGUUAAUAUUAUAAUGAUGUUAUUAUGAUAUAUUGUUUAGCAUUUUUCAUAAAACUAAUAACUGUUAGACAAAAUAUUUGAAGAGGUAAUGGCCAAAUGUCACAAUAAUAAUUUCAUCACUCCAAAUUACCCACAUUCCACCAACGGGUUUUUAUCCAGUGACUCCAUCCAGAUAUAAUAGGUAUUAUACAAUUUAAGUUAAGAUAGUUACAUCCUUCUUGUUUAUAAAUAUGUUAAGAUAAUUUAGUAACUCAAAAAAUAUUUUUUAUUACUUGUGAC